CAAGGGACCAGAGGAAAGGUGGCCUUACACACAGUACCCAGAGCUAAGCAAUCCACUCGGAAGAGGAGUCCAAUCCAUUCAGCAACCCCAAGAUCCACUUUAGCACCUAAGGAAAAUGCCCAAAAGCAUUUCAAUAUCCAAGCAACUGGCUUCAAUUAAAGCUUUAAAGAAGGGUUCAGAUCUGGAAAAAGCCAUUGCUACUGCCGCUUUGAUUUUCCGAAACUCUUCUGACCCUGAUGGCAAACUUGGAAAAGCUACUGCCAAAAAUCUGCUGCAAACUCAAUUUAGGAAUUUCACAGAGGGACAGGAAACCAAGUCAAACUACCAAGACAUCCUUUCUGAGCUGGAGGAGCACACAGAAAAUAAGCUUGAUUUCGAGGACUUCAUGAUCUUGCUCCUGAGCGUCACUGUCAUGUCAGAUCUACUACAAGAUAUUUGGAGUGCAAAAAAUGACAAGUGACAGUUUCAAAUAUGAGGGUAGAUAAAAUAACGUCUGAGCACGGUGUCUAAUGAUCAAAGAUUUUUUUUCCCUUCUUUUUGUAAUUGGUUGAAUAUACUGAUCCUGAAUCUCA